UAGACCCUUUUUAAAUCACAAUUCAAAUCCCCUCCCCCCCUCUCUCUCUCUUUCUCUCUCUCUCUCUCUCUCUCUUCCCCAUUCAUGUUCUUUCUUCUGUAUAUAUAUCUUUCAGAUUUCAGACUACAAUAACGUCUGCGAUAAACGCACAGAGUAUUUCGUCGUUUUCUAACAGUUUUUUGAAUUAUGGCUUUGAAGGAGAGAUUUUCUUCAUCGGCUGAAACGUCGUCGUGUGAAGAACGUUACGUAAGCUGGGAAGAGGUAGUGGUGUCGAUGGAUAAGGGUAGGAGGGAGGUUCGGUAUUUUCUGAAAAAGGAAGGUGGUGGUUCGGAUCUCGCUCUUAUAGGUAAAGAGAAGAGUCCCAGGUAUAUGUCUUAUCACUAUGCCAUAAGAGACUCUUCUCUGGGUCCUUUUUUAAAACUCAAAUCGCGUAGACACGUUCUUGAUUGGUUGGAUUCAAUAGUUUCAGAUUCUUCUUCCAGGGAAGCGACUAUGGUUGUUGGGAAGUUUGGUUAUGAACAUGGGAUUGGAACCUUGAAGGAUAAUUGCACCCAGAAGCUACGCAAUUGUACACAAGAAUUCUCAUGGGUAGGGUUACCGUGGACAUGUAGGAAAAGAAGAAAUCACUAUCAGUCAUUUAAGCGCAACGGUUUUCAGAUAUUUGCGAAUGAUUUUGUCUUUGUUUUAGCAGAAGAGAACAAACGUCUGGUUGCCUACUUGGAAGACCUGUACGAGGAUUCCAGAGGCAACAAGAUGGUUGUAGUUCGCUGGUUUCAUAGAAUUGAUGAGGUUGGUAUUGUUUUACCUCACAGUUUUAGUGACAGAGAAGUUUUGUUUUCUCUUUUUCUUCAAGAUCUGAGUAUUGAAUGCAUAGAUGGUUUGACUUCCGUCCUCAGUCCCCAGCACUUCGCAAGUUAUUGGAAUAAAGUUCGUCACCCCUGUCCAGAACCAUUUGUGUGCAGCAAGAAGUUUGAUAAUGAUGAUGUCAAACCCUUUGAUAUAACUCAAAUUAAGGGUUAUUGGAGACAGGAAAUACUGAGGCAUGUGUGUGUCAACUCUGACUCAAAGUCUAAUGGGAGUUCAGGGCAAUCAGAAGAUGGCCCAGAACUUGAAGAAAAUCUCCAGUCCUCUUCUGGGAUCAGACCUAUGAAGAGACAGCGUUUCACAAAAGUUGACGGAACAGAUGCGGUUGAGUUAGUUGCCCUUUGCACAAAAGUUGAUGGAACAGAUGCGGUUGAGUUAGUUGCCCUUGAAUCGGAAAAUUUGAGUAAUUGUAAGAUUGAUGCCAAAACCAGCAGUGGAAACAAUUCCUUAAAACUUGCCGGGUCCACCAAGAUGGCCACCAUCAAAGAGGCAAAUGAACCUGCUUCACAUUAUUUAGCCGUAGGUUCCGAAGUUGAGGUCCUCUCUCAAGACAGUGGAAUUAGAGGAUGUUGGUUUAGAGCUUCAGUUGUCAAGAAGAGCAAAGAUAAAGUGAAGGUGCAAUAUUACGACCUCCAGGAUGCUGAGGAUGAAGCUAAGAAGCUUGAGGAAUGGAUUUUAGCUUCUAGAAUUGUGGUACCUGAUGAUCUGGGUCUCCGACUACCUGAGAGGACCAGGAUCCGACCACAGUCGAACAAACGAGGAAAUUCAUUUGUGGCUGAUGUUGGUUACAUUGUUGAUGCCUGGUGGCAUGAUGGAUGGUGGGAAGGCAUUGUGAUUCAAAAAGAGUUUGAUGCCCGAUAUCAUGCCAAAUAUAACGUUUAUUUCCCAGGUGAAAAGACAGUCUCAGUUUUUGGUCCUUGUAACUUACGGCAUUCUCGAGAUUGGACGGGGAAUGGGUGGGUGAAAUUAAGAGGAAGGCCAGAUAUUGUUACUUCUAACUUAUCAUUAUCAACAUUAUCAAGCUUGAAAACAAAACAAGAUUUAUGCAAAUCUUAUAUAAAAAAAUCAAACGCAGCACCUAUAGGGGCUGGAAUACAAUCUAAGCAUACUGAUAUUUACUUAGGUUCUUCUGAAAAGGAUAAACUUAUUAGAAAGCCCGAGGUUGUUCCAGAUCUUUUGAAGGAUGUUUUGUUAUCUCAGUUAAGGUGGAAGUCAUCCCGUAAAAGGAAUCAAGGUCGUACCUAUCCUCUGAAUCAAAAAUACUGUGAUAGACAGAGGAAAUUGUCCCCAUCGUUUCUGGAGUCUGAUGAUUCAGAUAGUUUUGUGAUUCCAGCUUCAUUGAAAGUUGACCAUGACGACUACAAGUACCAAGGAGAUCCUUCCAUUUUCAGUUCCUCUGUCGUCCCAUCUUUAACCAACAUGGUUAUGUGUAGAUGACCUCAUCAUCCCAUUUAGCAGAAACAGAGUAUAUUUAUUUAUUUUAUUUAACCCAUAAAUCUUUGUUUCAUCCAUUCCAUCCUUUUUUUCCGGGGUUUCUUCAACUGUUUUCUUCCUAACUCAGGAGAUAGUCUUUUGUCCCCCUUUUUUGUGUGGGUAUUUUGUGGCAUCGGUGCCUCGUUUUAUUUGGGUUCUUGCAUCCCUUUGAAGCAAGGAUGUUGGCGUGCACAAGUUUUUGGACAGGAAAGUGUAACUUAGUGGAAUAACCGACUAUGGCUUUGACUUUAGGGAUAGUUUUUACCUCUGUUUGUAGUGCAAACGAUGUCUAACUUUGGGCAAUAAUAUAAAGUUUACCUUUCCUGUUCUA